AUGCCGCAUCAACACAACGUGCCUCGGUUGUUCUCUUCUCCUACAUGGGCGUCCUCUUCUCCCUGCCCACAAAGGUUUACCAGCCCCAGUAUUGCUGCCCCUUUUGCUGGAGUCCAUUAUGUUGCUGAUCCUCAUUGGUACCCAGACACCGGUGCAACCCAUCACAUGACAGCUAUGCCUGUCAACAAUCCACAAUCUUAUGGUGGCCCUCAUAAUGUACAACUUCCUGGUCCGUUGGAAUUCAAACUUUUGACCUGCACCAGUCCUCUUUCUGCCUCACCAGACUCAAUUUCCAUCAGUUCCAGUUCAAGGCCCACUGACCCAAGUCCGAGGUCACAGCCCAAUGCCCAACGUUCCCAAUCUGGUCAACAUUCACCCUUGGUGUCUCUUGCAUCAGACCCGCAAUCCGGCCUAGCAGAUCUCCAGCUGUCUCACGCUGCCGAAGUUCCAUCCUCACCCCUCUUCAGCCCGACAUCGGUCCCAUCCUACACAUCCGAUCAAGAAUCUCCUCCGUCGGCAGCUCAUGCUCCUCAAUCCCUGCCGGGUUCCCCUGCUCCUCCGUCGCCGCCGGUAUCCGGUGCUCCUCAAUCCCCGUCUGGUUCCCCUGCUCCUCAGUCGCCGCAGGCCCCAGUUCUCCAGUACAGUCGGCGUCGUACUCAUCACCAACCGGCGCCUGUACCCGAGCCGCCUGCUCAGUCCACCAUCACAGAUCCUUCAGCCGUCGCUGAUCCUCCAACACAGGUGGAUGCACCUUCAGCCGUCACUGAUCCUCCAACACAGGUGGAUGCACCUUCAGCCGUCGCUGCACCUCUCCCUGCUCCUCCACCAAUUCCGCCGGCGGCUCCGCCAGUCCCUCCACCCGUUCAUCCCAUGACAACACGCCUUAGGGAUGGCACUAUCACGGAAAAAGUUCGCACUGAUGGCACAGUCAAGUACCCUCUUCCUCGAGCCCUCCUUACUGCUCUUGAUUCUACUGAACCCACAUGCUAUACUGAGGCAUCCAAAUAG